AUGAGAAUUUGUGUCCUUCAUUCUUCAUAUGAGGGCUCCGGCUCCAUGCUUACUGGACUCGACACGGAUUUCCCCAAUCCAGGAGCCUUUACAUCUCAGCAUACGUUCGAGAGCCGGUUCAUACGCAAAGAUGCCGCAAAGGAGCAGAUCGACGCAUGCGUGAAGGAAGGAUUCGAUUUCUACAUAAACUUCCUUUGGGGUACUCUUGACGAUGACGUGGCUGGGAUUCAGGCGAGUCAAUAUUUUGAAUCCCUAGGGGUACCAUCAGCUGGUAUCCGCAGCUGGGAGCGUUCCCGAACGAAAAAUGAUUUCUACAAAGAAGCUCGAAAGCGAGGAGCGCCCCGCGUGCCAGGAAUCGACAUAUUUCCUCUCUUUGUGAAACCAGCCAACGGAUGCUCUAGCCAAAUGAUUGAUGAAAAGUCCGUGUGUCACAAUGAAGGGGAGUUGCGAGAGGCUCUUCGCCGAAUAAAUGCACAGCUCUACGAAUCACGAUUAAAUAGGGCACGCUCUCUGGGUUCGGUAGACCCGAAGGCCUACGCAGAUAAUUUUGAUCCUGUGGGCCGCAGUGAUGACAUCGUCGUCCAAGAGUACAUUCCUGGGGAGGAUUACAUCGUAAGCGUGAUUGAACUGGGAGAUUCGGCAGUUGCGCUCAGCCCUUGUAUCGUCAAGGCCAAGGAUUUGAGUACCGCCGAGAAGUUCCUCACGUUCGAUUUGAAGUUUGAUAGCGACACUCGCCUCGAGACUAUUCACAAACGAGAUAACCCAACUCUAUACGAGAGAUUGCAAGCCACUGCCUUGGAUGCGUUCGAAGCCGGCAUCUUCCGCGGCAGUCAUAUGGGAUGUGAUGUCGACCUUCGUGUGCGGCCAGACGGUGAAGCUUUCGCCAUUGAAGUGAAUCCACAGCCAGCGUCGUUCUUGACGAAUUGCAAUUUCCAGGACCUCCCAAUUAUGUCAAGCUUCCCUGGUGGCCACAUGGCUGUGAUCAACGUCUUCAUCGCCAACUAUAUGCUGCGCAAUAACCGCGGUACGGGGUCCAAAGUCGCAGCGACCUACGACGGCUUGGCCUCCAAAUACGAUACUUUGCAGGAGUCGGGUACCAGAAUGGCGGAGAUCAUUAGGGGUAUUGUUGCAAAGUUCGACUUUCAGGGAACUGUUUUCGACCUUGCCUGUGGGACUGGCAUUUUCGGCCGGUUGCUCUCUGAGUGCAAACCGGGUAGCCACCGUCGCGUCCACGCAGGCAGUGUUCUCGGAUGUGAUCUUUCGCCCAAAAUGGUGGAAACAUGUCGCGCUACUGGAUUUUAUGACGAGGUGCACAUCGACCGUAUGCAGACAUGUCUUCUCCACAGCCUUGACUACGGUGAGGUGGACCACAUCGUCUGCCUCUCCGCCAUCCACUUCCUCUCCCCCGAGGAGUUCACAUUUGUCCUAGUGUUAUGCUUCCUUGUGGCACGCAGGUCAAUUACUGUCAGUGUCGAUGAAAUUCCAGAUGGAUAUAAUGAGAAGCUAAAGGCCUUGGGGGACCACCACAUGCAUUCCACAAACCACCUCGCCAACAUGGAACUGUUUGGCGAGCCGCAUGGCUGGACAUUGGUCGCCCGCCAGAGGGAGUUUGCUUGGAAGUCCUUUACCACCGGCCAUGAGGUUUGGAGCACGUACUAUCGUUUUGAAAAGGUGGAGGAUGACGAUUCUGGAACCCGACUAUUGAAAGUCAAGCGCAAGAAUUAA